AUGUCCCCACUGACGCAAGUCUCACAGUAUAAGGAGCAGAGCUCAGCCUGUGUGCAUUGUCUGGAUCGCAACAUGCUCAGCCAGUAUCCGCCUCGGCCCCUACUGACCCGGCUAGACAGCAAGCAUGGAUCUUUCGCCUCCUCAACUAGCAUGUCCUCAUCAUCUCCUAUUACCAUGACCGAGUCUUCCCCCUCGCGGUCAAAUCUCCAACCCCAACACGACCACCCGACAACAUGCCUCUCAACCCACAUCGAAGAAACUUUUGACCUCAAAGACCUCGAAUUGAUGAUGCACUGGUGCACAACAACCUACAAAUCCAUGGCAGGGGACCCCGCAUCCGAACAAAUAUGGCAAACAACCAUCCCUCAGCUCUCCCUCCGUUACCCAGCCCUUCGUCAAGGCAUCCUAGCCCUCUCAGCGCUGCACCUCGCCUCAACAAGCACAUCCUCUCAGCGCUGGCGAUAUCUCGACACCGCACGCUUGCACCAAGCACAAGCGCUAGCAGGCCUCCGCAUCGAGAGUGACGAAGGCGCACCGGAAGCAGAAAGCCAAGCGACCUUCGCGCUAUGUUGCAUAAUGAUCGUAUUCACCUUCGGUUUCUGCCAAAUCGACAGCGAAAACGACUCAGAUGAAGAGCGGCCCGACGUGCUGGACGAGUUCUUCGAGGUAUUCCAGCUCACCCGGUGGCUAGUCAGUAUCAUGGUGACCUCGAAGGAACAUAUUACAGCGGACGAACUGAACCCGCUCUUCCACCCCGAAGACCCGCCCCCAACAAUGCCGAAUAUGUCGCGGCUGGUGAUUCUCUCGCUACAGCGACAGAAUGACAUGGAGGCUAUACAGGAUGCGACACACGAGACGGAUGUGUAUGACUCGGCCAUUGAACAUCUCAGCCAAGCGCUCGAGCAGCUGAUGAAGGGCGGCGAGCCGAAGGUGUUUUCGUUUUGCUGGAGUUUCCGUAUCCCUGCAGAGUUUUUGGAGCUGCUUGAGGCGCGCCGGCCGUUUGCGCUCGUUGUUCUGGCGCACUAUACAGUCAUUCUGCAUCAUUUGAGGGGUUCAUGGUGGAUGGGCGAUUGGGGGAAUAUGAUUCUGCAGGAAAUCGGGGAUCUUCUUGACCCGGAGUGGCGAGAGCUUAUUGGAUGGCCGAUUGAUGCGACGGGAUGUUUCCUUCCGAGGACUGAGGUGCAAGUGCGAGUGAUAUCCCCGCUUGGAUUUUGA